CUGAGCUUCGCGUCGUGCCCUGCGCUGCCCAGACUCGCGAACAAUACAGUCAGGAUGGCUAAGGGGGACCCCAAGAAACCAAAGGGCAAGAUGUCUGCAUACGCCUUCUUUGUGCAGACCUGCAGAGAGGAGCAUAAGAAGAAGAACCCAGAGGUCCCUGUCAAUUUUGCAGAAUUUUCCAAGAAGUGCUCAGAGAGGUGGAAGACAAUGUCUGGGAAAGAGAAGUCGAAGUUUGAUGAAAUGGCCAAGGCAGAUAAAGUUCGCUAUGACCGAGAGAUGAAAGAUUAUGGACCCGCGAAGGGAGGCAAGAAGAAAAAGGACCCCAACGCUCCCAAAAGACCACCGUCUGGAUUUUUCCUGUUUUGUUCUGAAUUCCGCCCCAAGAUCAAAUCCACCAACCCUGGUAUCUCUAUUGGUGAUGUGGCUAAAAAGCUGGGCGAGAUGUGGAAUAAUUUACGUGACAGUGAAAAGCAGCCGUACAUCACCAAGGCGGCGAAGCUGAAGGAGAAGUAUGAGAAGGACGUGGCUGACUAUAAGUCUAAAGGAAAGUUCGAUGGUGCAAAGGGUCCUGCUAAAGUUGCCCGGAAAAAGGUAGAAGAGGAAGAGGAAGAAGAGGAGGAGGAGGAAGAAGAGGAGGAAGAGGAGGAGGAGGAUGAAUAAAAAAACUUGUCUCCUUGUGAAUCCCUUAGAGUAGGGGAGCGCCGUGACUGACCGUUUCUUAGGUUAAAUGCCAACCGGAUUGCGAUCGUGUAGUCUCUCAAAUGCUCCGGAAGUUGGCGGUAGUUGCUCAACGUGGCCACGGGGGUCCGGAACGCUGUGAAAUUGUAUCAAAGCUGUACAUAUUUCCAAACAUUUUUAAACUGAAAGGCACCCUGUGUUCUCCUCGCUCUGUGCACUUUGCUGUGGCUGUGAAAAGGCAUUUGGAGAUGUCCCUGGCGUUCGUUUUUUAAGUUGUAAGGUGGUGUUAACUGUAACGUCAUU